UGGGUAGAUCUGAAAUUUGUUUAGCAGAGGAUAAUUUUAUCAGCUUGGUUGUGAUUGGGGAAUCUAAAUGUGACAUGAGUUUUGUUCUAGUUUGAAUUUAUCUAAUGAAAUGAUGAUGUCAGUGAAUGUUUGGGGUAAUUUGCUUUAAUAGCUGAGUUUUAGUAGGGACCGGCCAUAUCCAUUUUAACAGCUAUCGUUUCAAUAUAGUCUAUAUAACCAGCAGCUCAUGCAGGUAGAGCCUUUUAGGUUUAGCAAAGCAACGAUCAUAUUUAUCAAUUCAGACCGGAUUGAUUUUGAUUUCAUUAGCAAAAUAUGAUUCUGUAUUUCGAAUUUCAUCAAAAUUAUCAAAUCUGAACUAUUAUCCUGUUUUUAGGAUGAUGGUGAGAUUUUAUCGAUAAUGUUAGGACUUCGGGAUAACCAAGAGCUGCAGCCUGUCAGCAAAAGAAUAUUAUUAGCCUAGAAUAGGUCAAAGUCAAUAUCUUUACUGAUUUAUUUCACAAAUACAACCUGGUGAGCGCUAUUUGAAUAGUUUAACAAGAUCUCUAACUUUCUGCUUGAAUGCUUUCAUUUGUGUGGUUUUUUCUUUGAAUGCCUGAUCUCACUAGCCGUUUAUUGAUCAUUUAUCUUCUUACAGAUUUUUAUAAUUUUUGGCGGAAGAUGGAGAAUGCAUUUCUGAAAGCAUAGCUUUCAGAGAAAGUUGAUUGAAAGUUUGAAGAGAAGAUGACAAAGAAGAAGCACCAUUUCCAAGAGUCAUUAAAAUCCCUCUUUGGAAGUCACAUUGAUCCGGAGAAAGAUGAACAGCUAAAAGAAACUAAAACAGAAAUUGAUGACAAGGUGAAAAGGAUCUUGAAGCUUAUCAAGGAGGAAGAUCUUGAAGAACAAGAAGGUCUCUCAGAAGAAAACUCCAAAAAAGAGCCUCUUAUCGAGUUAAUUGAGGAUUUACAGAAAGAGUACCAUUCACUCUAUGGACAAUAUGAUCAUCUGAAAGGAGAGCUGAGAAAGAAAGUUCAUGGCAAACAUGGAAAAGAUACCUCUUCUUCAUCCAGCUCAGACUCAGAAUCUGAUGAUUCUUCUAAGCACAAAGGCAGUAAAAAUGGUCGUUUGGAAAGCGAAUACCAAAAGAUAAUAGAUGGCAUGAAGCAAAAACUUGAAGCUGCGAAUCUAGAACUUGCUGAACUGAAGAGUAAGUUGACAGCUACAGGUGAAGAAAAGGAUGCUUUGAAGUUGGAACAUGAAACAGGUUUGAUCAAGAUACAAGAAGAAGAGGAGAUCAUCAGAAAUUUGAAGCUUGAAGUUGAAAGAUCAGACACUGAUAAAGCACAACUCUUGGUUGAGAAUGGAGAACUGAAGCAAAAACUAGAUGCAGGUGGCAUGAUAGAAGCUGAACUGAAUCAAAGAUUGGAAGAACUGAACAAAGUGAAAGAUACACUGAUUUUGGAGAAAGAGGCUGCCACGAGAAGCAUUGAAGAGAGUGAGAAGAUUGCAGAAGCUUUGAAGUUGGAAUAUGAAACAGCUUUGAUCAAGAAACAAGAAGCAGAGGAGAUCAUCAGAAAUUUGAAGCUUGAAGUUGAAAGGUCAGACGCUGAUAAGGCACAACUGUUGAUUGAGAAUGGAGAACUGAAGCAAAAACUAGAUACUGCUGGCAUGAUAGAAGCUGAACUGUAUAAAAAAUUGGAAGAACUGAACAAAGAAAAAGAUAGCUUGAUUUUGGAGAAAGAGGCUGCCAUGCAAAGCAAUGAAGAGAGUGAGAAGAUCACAGAAGACUUAAGAACCUUGACUGAUUGGCUGCAGGAGGAAAAAUCUGCCACAGGGCAAGAACUAGAAGCUCUUAAAGCAGAACUUUCAAUCACAAAGCAGCAGCUGGAAUCUGCAGAACAGCAAGUUGCAGAUUUUAUCCAUAAUCUGAAAGUAACCAAGGAAGAGAAUGACUCUCUUACCUUGAAAUUAUCUGAAAUCUCAAAUGAUAUGGUGCAGGCACAAAAUACAAUUGAUGGACUCAAAGGUGAAUCGGGUCAAUUAAAGGAGAAAUUGGAUAACAGGGAAAGGGAGUAUUUGUCUCUUGCAGAGAUGCACGAGAUGCAUGGAAAUAAAUCAUCAGAUCGGAUAAAGGAAUUGGAAGUACAAGUAAGAGGUCUGGAACUAGAGCUGAAAUCAUCACAAGCCCAGAAUAGAGAUCUUGAGGUGCAGAUUGAGAGCAAAAUGGCUGAAGCAAAGCAACUGCGAGAACAUAAUCAUGGAUUAGAAGCCCGGAUUUUGGAACUUGAAAUGAUGUCAAAAGAGAGAGGAGAUGAACUUUCUGCUCUCACAAAGAAACUUGAGGAAAAUCAGAACGAAUCAUCUAGAACAGAGAUUUUGACAGUGCAGGUCAAUACUAUGCUAGCAGACUUGGAAUCUAUACGUGCCCAGAAAGAAGAAUUGGAGGAACAGAUGGUAAUUAGAGGUAAUGAAACAUCGAUUCAUGUUGAGGGGCUUAUGGAUCAGGUCAACGUGUUAGAACAGCAACUGGAGUUCCUAAACAGCCAGAAAGCUGAACUGGGAGUGCAACUCGAGAAAAAAACUCUGGAAAUUUCAGAAUAUCUUAUUCAAAUAGAAAAUCUGAAAGAGGAGAUAGUGAGCAAGACUGCAGAUCAGCAGAGAUUCCUGGCAGAAAAAGAAAGUAGUACAGCACAAAUCAAUGAUCUGGAACUAGAGGUGGAGGCUCUAUGCAACCAAAACACUGAGCUUGGUGAGCAAAUAAGUACUGAAAUCAAGGAGAGGGAACUAUUGGGAGAGGAAAUGGUUCGGUUACAGGAAAAGAUCCUUGAACUGGAAAAGACACGGGCAGAGAGAGAUCUCGAGUUCUCUUCUCUCCAGGAGAGACAAACAACUGGAGAGAAUGAAGCUUCUGCUCAGAUAAUGGCUUUAACAGAACAGGUCAGCAAUCUGCAACAGGGAUUGGAUUCUUUGCGGACUGAGAAAAACCAAACGCAAUCACAGUUUGAGAAAGAGAGAGAAGAAUUUUCAGAAAAGCUAACCGAAUUGGAAAAUCAGAAAUCCGAGUUCAUGAGCCAGAUUGCAGAGCAGCAGAGAAUGCUGGAUGAACAGGAGGAGGCACGCAAAAAGCUAAAUGAGGAGCAUAAGCAAGUUGAAGGUUGGUUUCAGGAGUGCAAGGUGAGUCUUGAAGUAGCAGAAAGGAAAAUUGAAGACAUGGCAGAAGAAUUCCUAAAGAAUGCGGGUUCUAAAGAUCAGAUGGUAGAGCAAUUGGAAGAAAUGAUCGAGGACCUGAAGCGAGAUCUCGAAGUAAAAGGAGAUGAAAUUAACACCUUGGUUGAGAACGUCCGAAAUAUAGAAGUUAAGCUCCGGCUGUCAAACCAGAAGCUCCGCAUCACAGAACAAUUACUAACAGAGAAUGAGGAGAGCCUUAGAAAAGCAGAAGAGAGGUAUCAACAAGAGAAGAGAGUGCUCAAAGAAAGGGCUGCUAUAUUGUCUGGGAUAAUCACUGCAAAUAACGAAGCUUAUCACAGGAUGGUUGCAGAUAUCUCGCAAAAAGUAAACAGUUCUUUGUUAGGACUGGAUGCUUUAAACAUGAAAUUCGAAGAAGAUUGUAACAGGUAUGAGAACUGUAUUUUGGUAGUGUCAAAGGAGAUCCGGAUUGCAAAGAAUUGGUUCAUGGAGACAAAUAAUGAAAAGGAAAAAUUGAGAAAGGAAGUGGGUGAUUUAGUUGUGCAGCUACAAGAUACAAAAGAACGUGAAUCGGCAUUAAAGGAGAAGGUUGAGCAAUUAGAGGUCAAGGUGAGGAUGGAAGGGGCGGAGAAGGAGAAUUUGACCAAAGCUGUAAACCACCUGGAGAAAAAGGCGGUAGCGCUGGAGAACAUGUUGAAAGAGAAGGAUGAGGGGAUAUCAGACCUCGGAGAAGAGAAGAGGGAAGCCAUAAGGCAGCUAUGCUUAUGGAUUGAAUAUCACCGAAGUCGCCAUGAUUAUCUCAGGGAAAUGCUCUCAAAGAUGCCCAUCAGAAGCCAGAGGGCAUCUUAGGAGCCCUAGUGACAUUUCUCAUUCCAGCAUAUUCAUAUUCAUUUGGAUUUUUAUUUUUAUUUUAAAAAAAAAAACUUGCGACGAGUUACUCUUCAUUACUUAAUUUUAAUUUUUUUUCCCUUCA